GAAAAGAGUCGCGAGCUGAAGCCGUUACGCUCGAGACGAGCGAACAGGCGGGAAGGCGGGCGGUUGUGUUUUGAAUAUCAGUGUCAGGUGUUUUUCUGAGGUGUUUAGCUGAGCUGAGGUCGCGGCGAGGCUGAGUUAUGACCGAGGGGGGGUUUUGUCUGACCGUAGUGUGUAGAGAGAGCGAAAUACCGCGGACUCCGGACAGAUAAUAACAAACAGCGAGCAGGUCAGACACAGACUCGGCUUCACUUCGACGAAGUUUGUUUUCUCCUUCCUUCGCUACAGCCGGCGACCCAGACUCUCUCAGCUCCGGACAGAGAGAGAGGGAGAGAGAGAGAGAGAAAGAGAGAGAGAGAGCAGGUUACCGCUACCGAGUCCAGGCGGGUUCAGCGCGCUGACAGGACGGUGUGUUGGGGACUGUGAGAGACGGGGACAGUCUUCAGCACCUUCAGAGGACACCUGGACCCUCAGCGCACGAGAAAAUGAGCGACAAGCACAAAGUGGACGAUGAGGCUGUGGUGGACAGGGGAGCCUCGUACAAACACCUGUGUGAUGAAGAAGAGGUUGAGGGUCAUCACACAGUAUACAUCGGUGUUCACGUGCCCAAGAGUUACCGUCGGCGGAGGAGACACAGGAGACGGUCCAAUCACAAAGAGAGGAGAGAACGGGUGACGGAAGGCGUGAGCGACAAAUCCGACGCUGAGAAUGCAGAUGACUCCGCCCCCAGUAUUCUCAAACCACUCAUCUCUCCAGCUGCAGAGCGGAUUCGUUUCAUCCUGGGAGAGGAGGACAGUGGGCCGCCCCCACCACAGCUCUUCACUGAGCUGGAUGAGCUGCUCGCUGUUGACGGACAGGAGAUGGAAUGGAAGGAAACAGCCAGGUGGAUAAAGUUUGAGGAGAAGGUGGAGAAAGGAGGAGAGAGGUGGAGUAAGCCUCAUGUGGCCACUCUGUCUCUGCACUCGCUCUUUGAACUGAAGACCUGCAUAGAGAAGGGCACCAUCUUGCUCGACAUGGAGGCCAACUCACUGCAGCAGAUCGUUGAGAUGAUCACGGAUAGUCAGAUAGAGACAGGGCUGCUAAAGCCUGACCUGAAGGAGAAGGUCAUGUACACGUUGCUACGGAAACACCGUCACCAGACCAAGAAGUCCAACCUGCGCUCGCUGGCUGACAUUGGCAAAACUGUGUCCAGUGCAAGUAGGCUGUUUUCCAACCAAGAGAACGGUAGUCCAACCACAGCCCACCGCAACCUGACCUCCAGCAGUCUGAAUGACCUCUCCGACAAGCCUGAGAAAGACCAGUUGAAUAAUAAGUUCAUGAAGAAAAUCCCUCGGGAUGCGGAGGCGUCUAACGUUUUGGUGGGGGAGGUGGACUUCCUGGAUUCUCCCUUUGUGGCAUUCGUGCGGCUGCAGCAGGCCGUCAUGCUGGGGGGACUCACUGAAGUCCCUGUACCAACUCGGUUCUUGUUUGUUCUCCUGGGGCCCAAAGGAAAAGCCAGAUCGUACCAUGAGAUCGGUCGAGCCAUUGCUACUCUCAUGUCAGAUGAGGUGUUCCAUGACAUCGCAUACAAGGCCAAGGAUCGGGGCGACCUAUUGGCUGGCAUCGAGGAGUUCCUAGAUGAGGUCAUAGUGCUGCCUCCAGGAGAGUGGGACCCUGACAUCCGGAUUGAACCCCCCAAAACAAUACCAUCUGCUGACAAACGUAAGAACAACCUGGCAGGUGGAGAUGGUUUCCAGAUGAACGGAGAUGCUCCUCAUGAAGGGGGUGCAGGAGGAGGAGGCGGAGGCCACCAAGUUGGUGACGAGCUCAAGUUCACUGGCAGGUUUUGCGGUGGUCUUAUGCUGGACGUAAAACGAAAGCUGCCGUAUUUUGCGAGCGACUUCUACGAUGCUCUGAACAUCCAGUCCUUGUCUGCCAUCUUGUUUAUUUACCUGGGUACCGUCACCAACGCCAUUACCUUUGGCGGGUUGCUAGGAGACGCCACGGAGAACAUGCAGGGUGUUUUGGAGAGUUUUGUGGGGACGGCGUUAGCGGGGGCAGUUUUCUGUCUGUUGGCUGGUCAGCCUCUCACCAUCCUCAGCAGCACUGGACCAGUGCUCGUCUUCGAACGUCUGCUCUUCAACUUCAGCAAGGACAAUGGGUUUGACUACCUGGAGUUUCGGCUGUGGAUCGGCCUGUGGUCAGCCUUUCUCUGUCUGGUCCUGGUUGCAACAGAUGCGAGUUUUCUGGUGCAGUAUUUCACGCGCUUCACUGAGGAAGGCUUCUCGGCUCUCAUCAGCUUCAUCUUUAUCUAUGAUUCCUUCAAGAAGAUGCUGAAGCUCGCACAUUACCACCCCAUCAACUCUCACUUCGACAGGGACCUAAUCACGCAGUACAGCUGCCACUGCACUCCGCCGGAAGGCAACAAUUCUGUCUUGGAUGAAAAAAUAGAAGCACUACUCAACUCCUCUGGACAGAAGCACUGGAAUGCCACCUGGUCGUCGUUGUCUCGCUCUGAGUGUUUGGAGUGGGGUGGGGUUCUGAAGGGCGAAGCUUGUAAAUUUGUCCCUGACAUCACGCUGAUGUCAUUCAUCCUGUUCCUGGGCACGUACACCUGCUCCAUGGGCUUAAAGAAGUUUAAAACCAGCAGGUUCUUCCCUACAAUGGUGCGUAAGCUGAUCAGUGACUUCGCCAUCAUUCUGGCCAUUCUGAUCUUCUGUGGGAUAGACGCGAUGGUUGGAGUGGACACACCAAAACUACUAGUGCCAAGUGAAUUUAAGCCCACCAGUCCGAACCGCGGCUGGUUUGUGCCCCCUUUCGGAGGAAACCCCUGGUGGGUCUAUCUGGCCUCCUCCAUACCCGCCCUCCUCGUCACCAUCCUCAUCUUCAUGGAUCAGCAGAUCACUGCUGUCAUCGUCAACAGGAAGGAACACAAGCUCAAGAAAGGAGCUGGGUAUCACCUGGACCUGUUCUGGGUGGCUGUGCUGAUGAUCGUGUGUUCGUUUAUGGGGCUGCCCUGGUACGUCGCCGCUACUGUCAUCUCCAUCGCCCACAUUGACUCCCUCAAAAUGGAGACGGAGACUUCAGCACCGGGGGAGCAGCCCAAAUUCCUCGGAGUCAGGGAGCAGAGAGUAACCGGAGUGACUGUCUUCCUCCUGACUGGUCUAUCUGUCUUCAUGGCGCCCAUUCUGAAGUUCAUUCCCAUGCCUGUGCUGUAUGGAGUCUUCCUCUAUAUGGGUGUGGCCUCUCUGAACGGAGUGCAGUUUAUGGAUCGUUUGAAGCUGCUGCUGAUGCCAGCGAAACACCAACCAGAUCUAAUCUACCUGAGACACGUCCCACUCCGCCGAGUUCACCUCUUCACCUUCGUACAGGUUCUUUGUCUUGCCCUUCUUUGGAUCCUGAAGUCUACUGUAGCCGCCAUCGUCUUCCCAGUCAUGAUCUUGGCCUUGGUAGCAGUGAGGAAAGCGAUGGAUUACGUUUUCUCUCAACAUGAUCUCGGUUACCUGGACGACGUCAUGCCAGAGAAAGACAAGAAGAAGAAAGAGGAUGAAAAGAAAAAGAAGAAGAAGAAAGGAAGCAUAGACAGCGACAUUAAUGACUCAGACUUUCCGGGCAAUGAGAAUAUUCCAAGUAUAAAGAUCUCCAUGGAGACGAUGGAGGCGGAGCCAAUGCUGGGGGAGAAACCCUCAGAGAGAAAUAAACCCACGUCUUUCCUCUCUCCAUACUGAUGGACUGCGGUUCUUUUCUUCCAAGUCUGCAUCAAGUCAGGACCUGAACCCCUUUAAGAAGACCGUGGCUCAGAUCCGAAUUGAUGUGGACAACAAAGACACCAAAGAGAACAGGUUCUUCUGGAAAGCUCCGACUGACGAAACAUCCCUGUGAAAAUCUUAGCCAUUCCUUUAGUCCUUUAAUCUAUUAAACCAUGUACACCAGCU